CACGUGAUCGGCUAAUGUUCUUGCCGGAAAUGUUGGCCUCCCACUGCAGCACCGUGCACUGAAUCUGCCAGAAGAAAGACACCCUUAUCAUUGCCAUUUCUUCUCUGAAAACCUGUGUUAAUGCUGAGGACAGAUGGAGGGCUACUCUGGAAUGCACCUUAGUGACCAUGAAGCGGAAAGCUGAGGCACUUGAGUGCGCCCCCGACCUUUAUCCUCAGGUAACAAACAGCCAUGCGAUGACUUCUGUCCCGGAGACUGCGUCUCGUACAUCCUAUUCGAGGCUGUCUUCUCCAGGCCGUCAUACAGGCCCUGAUACUUCCGACACAGUCGCACUCCUGGAAGCGCAGACAACAGCGACUGAUAAAAUGGUGUACAGCUCCCAUGCUAGCAUCCUUCUGGUUGGGUUUCCACGAGCCGGCAAACAUACUCUAUCCGUGAUUGCAUCUGUGGUUCUGCGCCGUCAGUAUGUCGACUUUAGCAAGGCCUUUGAGAAAGGGACGGGCAUGACACCGUACGACUAUAUCUCCACUCAUGGAAUGCCAUCUUACCGCGAGGCUGAGACAAAAGCUACCCAGUCCCUCCUCAGCACCUACAGUCACGAUCACGUGAUUGGCGGCUUGACGGCGUUCGGUAGCAAUGCUCAGAAGCGGUUAUUAAGGACCUUCGCUCAAACACAUCCUGUCAUCUACGUUCAAAGAGACAAAACUGACCUUGGCGACAUGUUUGGGGAUCAAAACAACCAGGAGCAGUUGUACAGGAUCCACGAUGCCUUUUACCGUUCGUGUUCGAAUUUUGAUUUCUACAACAUUACUUGGACUCUCGAUAGUCCCAACGCAAGGAAUCCGGCUAGAACGCUAAAACUCAAGCAGACCGAGGUGGAUUUCGUUCGUUUUCUACAUCGUAUCUACGGACGCGUCCCACAGCUCCUGCGGUCUGUCUGUGCUUUGUCUGCUUCCUACACUUAUGUACUACAGGUUCCGCUUCACUGGCUCGACGCGCAUGUCUUAGAAUACGAUGCACUCGAAUCUGGCGCAGACAUGAUCAGUAUCGUCAUCGACCCAAGGCUCAAUACUGCCGAGGACUUUCUGGAAUUGAUUCCCAAGGCAGUGGCCACUUUGCGAAGACAUGCGAGAGCUCCCAUCAUGAUGGAUGUCUCAUAUUUAGGAGCGCAGGACUCGGUCAAUUAUCUCAAGCUCCUUCGACUCUGCCUUCGGAGUUCUCCAGACUUCUUGACGGUGUGUCUGGGGAUAGGCCGUGAUCAGGUGGAAUCCCUCGUGUCACUCCGAGGUUCCACUCAAAUUGUUGGAACCCUUCAUUAUGAGAGUAGCAAGCAGGCCAGAGUUGCGGAGGAAGUUUCAUGGACUAAAUUACAUGACCUUGCGAUGCAACUUGCUUGCGAUGCUGUUCGCGUCACCCACGAAGUUGCUUCCGCCCCGGAGAAUUUACAACUUCUUUACGAUGCUCAGAUCGCUCGGGAGACUUGGACAAUGCCACUGAUUGCGUACAACACAGGUGCUCUCGGCCGGACUUCUGUCUGUUUCAAUCCAGUCCUCUCACCAGUGGUCCUUCCUACCAUGUCUACCGACGGUGUCACAAUCGAACAAGCUCAAAUGGCGUUGUAUUCCAGCUUCAUCCACUCUCGAAAGAAGUUUACCAUCCUCGGGCAGAGCGUUUCGUACAGUCUUUCACCUGCAAUGCACAAUGCAGCAUAUGUUGCGUGUGGCAUGCCGCAUUCUUAUGGGUUGCGCCAGUCAGAUGAUCUCAGCACCAUCCACGAACUCUUGGCUGAUCCCGAAUGUGGUGGUCUAGCAAUCUCUUUGCCUUUCAAAAUGCAGGUCUUGCCCAUGCUGAACAGUGUAAGCCCCGAAGCGCAAGAUAUCGGCGCAGUCAAUACGCUAGUCAUUGAGAGACGCCAGGACCAGUCUAAUAACACUGAUACUAUCAUGAAAGGUUACAACACCGAUCACGUUGGCAUCCGGGAGUGUAUUGAGCGAAAAAUAUCUCCCGCCAACUUCAUUCGCGAUGGCAGUACUGCUCUAGUUAUAGGAGCUGGAGGUAUGGCCAGGGCAGCGAUCUAUGCCUGUCGAACCCUGGGAAUUAGGAUCGUAUGCCUUUACAAUCGGACGGCUUCACAUGCAGAAGCACUUGCGAACCACUACAGGCAGCAGAAUUUGGAUGUCCAUGUACUUUCAACCUUAGAGUCUGAGUGGCCUGAGGGACUACGUCAGCCUACAGUGAUCGUAUCCUGCAUCCCUGCUCAUUCUAUCUCCGGACAAGCAGCUCAUGAACUGACUAUUCCGGAUCAAUGGUUGCAAAGCCGAACGGGCGGAGUCUUCGUCGAGCUGGCGUACAAGCCGUUGGUGACCCGGUUGAUGGAUCAAAUGCAGUCGAGGUCCACAGGGGGCUGGGUCGUGGUGGAUGGCCUCGAUGUGCUCGUUGAGCAGGGCAUUUCACAGUUCGAGAUUCUCACUGGCAGACCUGCCCCAGUCCACGUGAUGAGGAGGGCUAUACGACAGCAAUAUGAACUAGUGGGUUCUGCACUACAGUAG